CCGGAGCGCGCGAAGUGCGCGCCGCGUUAUCUCGUACUCGCGAAUUUUUGCAUUGCGUGUGUUUUGUGCGUCAACAUGUCGAACGUCUUAGGAGAGAUGGGCUCCCAAGUGGGGUUAACGCCCGCCCGACAAAACAAAAAGGAAGCCGAAAAGCAAGCGAAGAGGCACAACAUAGCAAAUAUCAACCCCUCCUUCGAACCAGAUGACUUCCUACCACAAAGUCUUUCACCCGUCAAAGAUGAGAAGAAGAAGCCAGGAGACAAGGGCAUCUAUCUGGUGAACAUGAAUGAAAAGAACUUACAGGAAGUAGAGGAAUAUGAACCUUAUGACAACAGAGUAGUUGAACACCCCACGACGAACACAGAAACGCUCCUACAUUUGUUAAAAGGGAGUCUGGGUACGGGAAUCCUGGCUAUGCCGCAUGCGUUCGCCAAUUCGGGUUACGUGGUCGGUACUAUAGGCACCAUCAUCAUCGGGGUCCUGUGCACGUACUGCAUCCACGUGCUGAUAGAUUCGUGCUACGUGCUGUGCAAACGGCGGAAAGUGCCAUCCAUGACGUACACCGGUGUGGCUGAAGCCGCGCUGUCUGAGGGCCCGGAUUGGUGCAAAGCAUGCGCGCCGUACGCUGCCCAUGUGGUCAACGUGUUCCUGCUCAUCUACCAGAUCGGAACCUGCUGUGUGUACGUGGUAUUCGUGUCGGAGAACAUACAGUUCGUGCUGACGAAGCACUUCGAGCUCAAAGUCACGGUCUCAGAAGUAAUGCUGUGGAUCCUCUUGCCACUGGUUCUGAUAAACUGGGUGCGGGACCUCAAGUACCUGGCGCCGUUCUCCGCAGUGGCCAACGCAGUGACCAUUGUUAGCUUCGGGAUUAUCUGCUACUAUAUCUUCAGAGACGCGCCUACGUUGGAGGGAAAAGUGCCAGCUGGAAAGAUUGCGAAUUUCCCGCUUUUCUUCGGAACUGUUCUCUUCGCUUUGGAAGCUAUUGGCGUGAUUCUGCCGCUUGAGAAUGAAAUGAAAACUCCAAAGGACUUCGUGGGCAAGUUUGGCGUGCUAAACCGGGCGAUGAUCAGCAUCAUCAUUUUAUACGUCGGUAUGGGCCUGUUCGGUUACUUGCAGUAUGGGAAUGAGUCUGCUGGCAGCAUUACCCUCAACUUGCCGUCUAAAACGGAGAUAUUGGCAAGUGUGGUGCAAUGUCUCCUCGCGUUCGCUAUAUUCAUCACGCACGGGCUCGCCUGCUACGUCGCCAUCGACAUCUUGUGGAACGAGUACAUCGGCGUGCGUCUUCUCAACAGCUCGCACAGAGUCAUCUGGGAGUACUUACUGAGGACCUGCAUUGUUCUUGUCACUUUCGGUAUCGCCGCUGCAGUGCCCGAACUAGACCUCUUCAUCUCGCUCUUCGGCGCGCUGUGUCUCUCCGCGCUCGGCCUGGCCUUCCCCGCCUUCAUACAAAGCUGCACAUACUGGUACUACGUGUCGGACUCCGAGAGGAUGCGCAUGAUCAUCAAGAACGUCAUCGUCGUACUGUUCGGUGCUUUAGGACUCGUCGUGGGCACUUGGACGUCCCUCGAUGGCAUUAUCAGGAAAUUCUCAGCGCACCACGUACUGAACGCCACAGAAAGUUUCACCACGGAAGCCACGCUGUUGCUUCUAAAUGAUACGUUAAUCUCGCCUUGAUAAAUAGUGUUUGUAACGAAUUUGUGCCAUUAAAUGAACCGUCCGUGGCAUAUAAUAUCAGUACAAUACAGUAAAUUUAAUAAUAAUUAUAAUUACAAUAUAGUGAUUAGUCAAAAUCAUGUGACAGAACAAGUUUACUGCAUGAAAAUUUAAUUCUAGAAUGGUUUAAAUUUAAACUUUGGUAUGGACCAUAAAGCGAGCGUGCCCUAGAAAAGUAAGUUUAGUUAAAACACGACCAUUAAAUCUAGUUGGAUGAACAAGACAAUAAGUAUUGUCGGCGUUUAUUUUUAUAUUUAUUCGUUCGUACUUACUUUUAAUAAUUAGCUGUUUCAGUAUUGAACCAACUGUCCGCUAUCAAAAUACAUGCAAGAAAACUUCGGUCAUUGAGUACAAAAUUGUUUAACACUUUACCAAUCC